AUGAGUCUUCUUGCUAUCCAGGCAAGCUGCUCCACAAACGCCAGAACUAUGCCCAACAGCCUCCUCCUCCAAUCCAUCGCAGAAACGGUCGCACUGCCACAAUGGACGUGGUCAGCCAACGGAACCCAUACCGCCAAGGGCUAUACCACCCAGGCGGCCGACGAAACGAGCCAAGAGGGCAUGAAAGCCGACUGUGACAAUAUCAAUCUAAACAAGAAAAUCUCAGUUGAUUUCCGCAGCGAUGUCUUUGGACCGGGUCUGAUUGGAUAUUUCUACAAAUGCGAGAAGAUCCGCGAAGAUACCAAUCUCUAUUGGUUUACGAUUAGCUCCGGCGACGCGCCACAGAUUGAUCGCCUGUGUGAUCCUGCCACGGAGUUUCCUUUGGUCUUUGACUCGCAGCAUAGCACUUGGUGGAUUGAUGAGCCUUUUAAUUGUGCUCAGCGCACUUCACCGGAUGAUCAGUCGGUUUGGGAACACGCGACUUCAUGA